AUGUACGUCCCCCCAAUUUACCCACGCCCGCCUCACCAUACUCAUAUCGAUCUCUUCGCACGACAGCCAUCAAAGGCCCCACCACCGUCUUGCGACGACAAGGAGGGUCACUACAUUAUUGUCCCGGACGACAUUAUUUAUAAGCGCUAUCGCACUGUUCGACUGCUUGGCCAGGGUACGUUCGGCAAGGUCGUAGAGGCAGUCGACCAGGAGACAGGCAGACGUGUCGCCAUCAAGAUCAUUCGCGCGAUACAGAAGUACAGAGACGCAAGCAAGAUCGAGGUCCGUGUUCUCCAGAAGCUCAAAGAGCGCGACCCCACGAAUCGGCACAAAUGCAUUCACUUAUUACACUGGUUUGACCAUCGCAACCACAUAUGCCUCGUAUCGGAGCUCCUCGGCAUGUGUGUCUACGACUUCCUCAAGGAGAACGACUUUGCUCCUUUUCCACGCUAUCAAAUCCAAGAUUUUGCCCGGCAACUCCUCGGCAGCGUCGCCUUUCUGCAUGACUUGCACCUGAUUCACACCGACCUUAAACCGGAGAAUAUUCUUUUGGUUCACAACGGCUACCGAAUGGUGAAUGUUCCCGUCCCUGGAAAGACUCGGGCCAAACGCAUACUGAACUCCACAGAGAUUCAUCUCAUUGACUUCGGUUCGGCGACCUUCAAUGAAGAAUAUCAUUCGACGGUCGUGUCCACACGCCAUUACCGUGCUCCAGAGAUCAUUCUUGGUCUAGGCUGGUCAUACCCUUGCGACGCGUUCUCCCUGGGGUGCAUACUGGUCGAGUUUUACACUGGGGUCGCUCUCUUCCAGACGCACGACAAUCUGGAACAUCUCGCUAUGAUGGAGCAAGUGAUGGGCAAGAUGCCGGAUCGCUUCGCCCGAGCCGGAGCCAGGUCGAAGCCAGAGUACUUCAAAGAAGGCAACAAGCUCGAUUGGCCGAAGCCGAAGGCUUCCCGGCAGAGCAAAAAGGAAGUUCGGGCAACUCGUAGUCUCCAGGAUAUCAUCCAUCCUACAGACCAGAUUAACCGCCUCUUUUUGGAUCUUGUGCGCAGGUUGCUCUGCUUUGAUCCUGCGCAGCGGAUAACUGUCCGGGACGCGCUCAAUCACGCAUACUUCAUGCAAUCGAUUUCUCCAGAGGAGUUGUAG